AUGAGAGCUCCAUGGAUUAAAAACUAUAGCUUCGAUGUCAACUUGGUGGUAUCAUCGCUCAUUGAUCCAAUCUCCCAACGGUGGAAUUUACCAGCUCUUCACGAGAUCUUCGUACCUGGUGAUAUUGAAUUAAUCAUCAAAAGACAGCCUGUGGGGGGGAAGGAGGACUUUCAUUCUUGGAAAUUCAACAGGUCUGGUAGUUUGACGGUAAAAUCGGCUUACUGGUUGGCAUGUGAUGUGAAGACGAGACAGAAGCAGCCGCAGAUAUUGGCGCUCCCUUCCCUGAACCCACUAAAAGAGCAAGCGUGGAAGAUUAUGACAACACCAAAGAUCAAAAUUUUUGUGUGGAAAGCCUUGAAUGAGGCACUUCCUGUAGCUGACUUGAUAAACAAAAGAGGGAUGAAAGUAGAUGAGAGAUGUCAACUCUGUGGCUUUGAAGGAGAGGACAUAAAUCACGUGCUUUUCAGUUGUCCUUUUGCUCGACAGGUCUGGGCGCUAUCGAACAUUCCAUCACCCCCUCAUGGCUUUCAUCACCUUUCGAUCUUCGAGAACGUGAAUUUCCUAUUCGGAGUCACAAAGCUUCAAAGGGGGGAUAUGGAGUUCAAGAGAGCAUGGCCCUGGGUGUUAUGGAAUCUAUGGAAGUGUAGAAACGGGCUGUUGUUUGAAGGAAAAAGAUGGUCGCCGUCAGAGAUUGUUUGCAAAGGAUUUGGAGAGUCGGAGGAGUGGUAUCUAGCUCAGAUUGUGGAGAAGGAAAUGGAGAGUAAACAAAUUACUUACAGUGCAAGCAACAAGAUAAGGUGGUCUCCUCCACCGGAUCAAUGGCUCACCUGUAAUUUUGCUAGUGAUUGGAACAAAACAACAAAAUCUCUGGGAGCAGCUUGGGUCGUCAGAAAUGAUAGAGGGGUGGUUUUGUUCCACAACAGAAGAACCUUUGCAGAGAUUAGUUCAAAAGAGGAGGCAAAAUUGGUAACGUUCUUGUGGGCUGCGGAGAGUAUGACCAGUCUAAAGCUUGAUAAGCUGAUCAUGGCAGGAGAACUGGAGGAGUUGUUUGGCGCGGUCUUAAAACCUCACCUAUGGCCUGCUUUUGGUUUCCAGAGACAGGAAAUAAUGGCUAGUAUGGUGGGCAUCAGACAUUGGAAGGUGCAGGUGACAAGAAAAGAAGCUAAUAGAGGAGCGGGUUUCAUCGCAGAAAGUGUUAACAAAUUCAACUUCGGCCAAUCGUAUGUUGCGACGGGUCAUCCGGAGUGGUUGUUUGAAUUCUUUGUGAAUGAAAGUCGGUUCCUCUAA